ACUUAACUCUCACAUCAGCUGAUCAAUCCAACUAAAUAUAUUAAACAGGUGUCUCCGUCGAUUUCAGCAAGUCGGGCAAGAAUGUAGAGUCUGCUGAAAUACAGAUUGGCAAGUUGCACAGGACGAUUGAACGCGAAGCAGGAAUGUCUUCGCGACAGAAAUUUUCUCCACCCAUGUAAGCACUCGAGCCAGACGAAUUUUCCCGGAUCUGAAUUGCUAUUACAUUUCGUCAUAAUUAGGGAGCUUUUUGUUGGGGAUUCGUUUUCGUUACAUCUAAGGCACAAGAGCCGGUUUGGGAUGAAGACCGAGCAUGAAGAUAUUUGUUUCGAUACCGAAGACAUCUUUCGUGUGUCUAGUGGAAGAGGAGAAGCCGAGAGACAAGGUCGAGCAAAUACUCAUCGCGCUCUCGCCCUCAUCACUCACAGAUUCAAUGUCACAUCCACAGAAUAUACCAGGUUUCAUAAGAAAAUCAAGAUCGUUAUUGAGCUUUCCGGGAAUACAGCAACCGAACGAGUUGAGCAGCCCGUCACUUCUUCCGAUGAAAAUCCAACGCUCCAGUCCACCACUGACGAAAUCAUUGGAAUUUGUCCUCGGUUCCGAAUUCUAGUGAUAGGAAAGACGGGCGUUGGCAAGUCUUCGCUGAUCAAUCAGGCAUUCGGAGUGGAUAAAGCGCUCACUUCGCAUGAAAAGCCGGGCGAAGCUAACAUCGAAACCGAGUAUAUCUCCCAACAGAACGACAGAUUUGUUCUCCAUGAUAGUAAAGGUUUUGAACCAGGGGACGAGGAUAACGUCAAAAUAGUGCAAGAUUUCAUUGAACAUAGGAUAUCCGAGCCUGCUUUGAAAGAUCAGCUGCAUGCUGUUUGGCUUUGCUUUGAAAUACCCCGUGCAGGCGGGCGUUUAUUGGAGACUGGCACGGAGACAUUCCUUACAUUGAAGCGCGACGGAAAACUCGGAAAUAUUCCCGUCGUCGUCGUUUUCACGAAAUAUGAUAUGCUCAUCGACCGCGUGGAUCGUACUCUGGACAGCUCCUCUCUCAAAAGGUUGAGCGAGGACGCCAUCAAGAAACUUGUCAAGAAAAAAGCAGAUGCCGAGCUAAAGGAUAUCUGCAUCCGACCGCUACAGAAAUUUGCAGGGCGCCAUAUAACUUACACUGCGAUCUCUACGAAAGAAACCCAUAAGGAAACGCGAGCUCAUCUGAUCCGGAUGACUGAAAACCUCGUCCGUCAGCAUUUUGCGCCCGAAGCGUCAGUGAUGACCUCCAUCGCUCAGCGCGUGGAUCCUGGACUCAAAAUAAGUGCAUCAAUCGAGGUUGGCAAGCGAAGAUAUUGGAAGGCGCUGGCAUCGAGCACAGCAUUUAAAAACCGUAGGACGCGGGAGUGUCUGAAUGUGCUUCACACAGAUAUCGUCGCGGUGUGGAAUUUCCGUGACCCUCAUCGUUACUUGUACAGCUCAGAGUUCAGGACGUUGAUGGUGAACAUGGUCGAUAAGCUAGAUGAUGAACCUACAGCUGAUCCCAGCAGGACCAUUGUUGUUGGUCUCUCGAUAGUGGGUACUAUUGCGGGCAUCGUGUCUGCCUUGUCAGGACCUGCGGCUCCCAUUGUAGUGCCAAUCGCGGCAGGUGUCGUAUUCGCCGCAUGGGCUCACGACGUGUACCAGACGUCCCACGCGGUUCUUCGGCGCUUCAUGUGCUAUAUCAUCGACUUGACCCUCGUCUUGCAGACACUUUAUCUCGUGUCAGAAAGCCAGGAACUUUCUCGCAGGGCCAUCAAGCUCGCGAUCGCUUCCUUCCUUGCCUCACCAAUUAGCGGAGAAGUUCAUACUCGGAUCCAGGAGUAUGAUAGGGGAUUGACACUCCUGGAACGCGCGGAUCGCAAUACCUUGGAUAAAAUCAUCGAGCUGAUGCAAUUGUAUAGUAUCAAUGCAGAGGAAAUUUCUGAACUUCGGGCACAGAUUCCAGCUGUGGGUUCAUCACGAGAUGAACCAUGGGAAGAGGCAAAUGUGUAGCACUUGAUUCUUUUUUUUUGUGUAGGAUUUUGUGCGGGUGUUGUCUCAGUAUUUGCAGGAUUUCAACAGUUUAUCAUUUGUAUGGAUAUCGCCACAUCGAACGGUCAGCAGCGAGACAAUAAUUUCAUCUCAGCCGUAGAGCGC